CUUGUACCAUUGCUUUUGUAGGUCAUUGCCCUAAAUGGAGGCAGAUAUCUGUCUAAUUUAUUUUCUGUUAAGAUAACUGGUGUUAUCUUAUCCCAGAAUUUUAAAGUUAUAUCGGUAAGGUUCUGGAGCCAUUCUAGUUUAAAUCUGGAAGCGCAGCGGACAAGAUAUAUAUUUUUCUACUGCAAAUAUGGAUUUACUAAGUUCAGAGGAAUGCCUUCUGAUAGCUCAGAGAACUCUUUCAGUUGUCCAGAAACAGAAUGUGACACUUGUAAGCUCACAUGUGGAUGCAGGACCUAAAGAUCUCAUGGGAUAUAUGGGAGAGUACUAUAAAUUGCAUUUGGAAGUGAAGGUUAAAGGCGACAAGAAGAAAUAUUUCCUAAACUAUUUUAUUAAAAGCUUACCCCGUAAAAAUAUGCCACAAAGAGAAGAAUGCGAACGCAAGGGAGUUUUUCAAAAGGAGUCGGCUUUAUAUUGCCAGUUAUUACCUAAGAUUCAGAAAUAUGCCACAAAGAAGCUUUAUCCAAAAUGUUACCACAGUCGGAAUGAUAUCCUUGUGUUAGAAGACCUAACCCAGGACUACAGACAUCUUAAGGCCAAUGAAAACUAUACCCUAGAUCAUUAUAAACUGGUUUUGGAACACAUAUCUGAAUUACAUGCAGCUAGUAUUGCUUGGGAAGAAAAAGAAAAUGUAAAGAUCUACGAAAGUUACAAAAAUGUGCUUAUCGAGUUACAUUUGGAUGCAAAUAACUCUUGGUACAUAACUGGACUCAAGGCUAUUGUUUUCUUAGCAGCACGUCAUCCUCAUUUUCAAACAAAAAAAGCUCAGAGUUUUAUUCAAAAUAAACUCUACAAUCUUUUAACUAAAGCUGAAGAACUGGUAGCACCCUCAAAGGAUACAAGAAAUGUGCUCUGUCAUCGGGAUACUUGGGAUCGUAAUAUUUUGUUCCAUUUCGACAAUGAAUCUUCAAUAUUACCCAAUGCCUGCUGCAUAGUGGAUUUUCAACUCACUCAGUACUGUUCUCCCACCUUAGAUGUUUUAUUUCUUCUCUAUAUAGUAGCCUCUGCUGAAGUCAGAAGGGCGAUUUAUGAUGAGUGCCUCGAGCACUAUUAUAAGUGUCUACAGCAUCACCUUGAUCGUCUGGGCUUGGACAAGGAUCUUAUAACAGAAAAUGACUUUAGAAAAGAGUGCCAAAGAACUCGGCUGGCAGCCCUUCUUAUUUGGGCUCUUACCGAACCUCAGACCAAAAUGUCACCCAGUAUUUCAAAUAGAUUGCGAUCCGAAGAACCGGAGAAGUUUGACUAUUACCUCAACUGCGAUCGGAGUGAAUUAUUACUAAGAGUAAUCGAGAUUCAACCUGGUUACGAGGAGACCAUAAUGACGCCUAUCAGUGAACUGGUGGAUUACCUCAUGGAGAAUAAGAAUUUAUAUACUUAAAACGCUUUUAUAAUCUCUUCAGAUAAGAGUGGAAUGCAGCUUUUCGGUAAUUUAAAUAUA